UUUUUUUUUUGUCAAGCAAUUGAGGGCUGAACGACGAAAUACCUCCAAAUAAUCUUCUUUGAAGUACCCGUUGACUGGGUUUGUCUUUUUUUUUUUCCUUCUUCAUUUUUAUUAAAAACCACAUAUAAAAAAAUUAUAUAUGGUAUUCACAAUGCAAACGUCAGAAUGGACUGUAUUGGAGAAACUGCUACUGGCUCAAUCUGUAUAUAAAUUUGGCGAAGACAACUGGUUCCAAAUUGCGCGUAAUCUGCGACAACAUGCCAUGUUGAAUCGGCAGCCAGAAUUUUUCAAUCAGAAAAACUGUUCACUGCAAUACUAUUUAUUAAUCGAAGAUCUAGAGACUGAAAAGCGACAGAACAAAAUAGGGCUAUCGUCUUUGCAAGAGAUGCCCUCGGUUGUCAAAUUAGCUCGACGAUUGUACAUGCAGCGAAUGGACGAAGUGAAAAUGGCAAUCAAGCAAGACGAAGAUCAGUUCAUGGCCGUCGUAUCGGAAAUUGACGAUAUUCGAUCUGGUCGUUGGGAUAAUAAGUUGAAGGACAUCUUGCAACAAAAGUCAUCGGAAACAGUGCCCGUCAUUGAACAGCCAUCGGAAACCACGACACCGGUUGAACCAUCACUUACACCUUCACAUACGACAGAAGCAACCACAAAAGUAGAAAAUCGAAUCAAUGAACCAGCGCAAGUAACCGACAUCAGUAAACCGUCGAUCGAGGAACCCGUUUUCGAAGGUGCGACCGCGAUGGAUAACAUAGCUUCAUUUAAUCCUUCAAGUGAAAAUACACCCGUUCGAAUGAAUGCAGAAACGGAAAGCACCCCCAUCACAUCCAGCGACGCGGCGGCUGUCACAGAGAUUCUCAAAGAUGACACGGAUAUUGCUGCCGCGCCAUCUGUCACAAGUGGUGCAGCAGUCGAACCCACAGUCACAACCAACACGAGUUCACCCAUAACGAUGAUCCAGGAUACUGUGAAAUCAAGGGAAAAUGGCUCGCCUGGUUCGGAGGAAAGCUUUCAAUCGGCUGUAGAUGAGCAUGUGGAACCAAUGAUCGUUGAUAAACCGACCGUGGAACAACCGUCCACUGCCGCUGCCUUUGAGAAUCCAGCUCCUCCUUCCUCAGUUGUCGCAGACCAAGCACAAAGCGGACUCUUGCCGACGACCACAGCAGCUUUAUCGUCCUCACUCGCUUCAUCGGAACAAUCGUUGUCAACCACACCUGAGGUCUUGCUCGAAGAAUCAGUGACCACCGAUACCCCCGGAGGAACGGGUAUGGAACUGUUAGAGAGCGAACAUGCAAAGAAGCGUACAUUGGACGAUAUCGUAUCGCCUGAUACAUCGUAUGUUGGUGGAGAAACCGCCAAGCGCCCAAAGCUGGAUCUGGAAUCACGGAUCGAGUCUUCUGUUUCAACCACACCGGUGCCGUCGACAGCAAGCCAUGAAGCACAACCAAUAGAGCCUACGACGCAAGAAAAAGAUAGACAACGCAAAAAAGACGAGGCCGAAAUAGAGAACAGAGUGGAAACAGAAUCCCAGAUUGAUGCAGUCGCGGCCGAGGUAAAUAAGGAAAAGGCAACCGAAAAAGAAAAACGUGAUGGCGCCGAAAAAGGCAAAGACACUACCGUCCCCACGAACACAGGAGACCAAAGAGUGGAUGAGAUGGCAGGUCCGGAUACAUUCUCACAGCAUGCUCCUGUUCCAUCUCCUAUUGAUACAACUGAACGGCAUGUCGCUGGCGAUACGGAAGGAACCGAAAGUGUGGCGGGUACCGACAGCAAUGCCGCGACUCCGACUACAACCUUGACUCCUACGUCCAGCGAACGAAAACGGGCGAAAGAUGAUCCGCGUCAAAAGUCAUGGCAAAAGAACAUCAAUUUAUUAUGGCGUGAAAUUGCUAAUCAUAAAAAUGGAGCGAUGUUUAUGAACCCAAUCAAAGAGGCUACGGCUCCUCUGUAUUAUGAUAUCGUUAAACAUCCGAUGGAUCUAAAGACAAUCAAGAAUCGUAUCCGAGAUGGCGUGAUUAGAACAACGGUUGAAUUUGAACGAGAUAUCAUGCUGAUGCUGACGAAUUCUCUGAUGUAUAACAGGGAGGGCACGGAAGUGUAUCAAAUGGCUGUAGAAAUGCUAGAUGACGUGACCGAGCAAAUCAACAUAUUCAAAACGGCCGAUGGCAAUUCUUCCGCGAGUUCUCAUACCCGACAGGCAUCCAUUGUUGCCAAAGAACGAAAAAAGAGCGCUGUAGAGUAAUUUACAGUAGUCUUGCAACCUUCCCAUUUGUAAUAUAAUUCCCCGUGUCCAUGUAACUAAAGAAGAAAGAAGACAAAAUAAUCUAAACAAAUUACUUUGCAAGUGAUU